AUGGCUCCAUCUAUUUCUCCGGCAUCGACGAGAUCCUCUACCUUGUUCGGACCAGUUUGUAUUGCUAUCCAUGCCGAAAAAUCGAAAAUGCCAUAUUGGGUUUUACAAUUAGAUUCUAAUGGAUUUUACGACGCCGACUUGGUGCAUUUGAAAGAGGUGAGUGGAAUGGAAAGUGAGAUCCAAUUUGUAAAGUGCGCGUGUUGUGGAUUGACAGAGGAAUGUACAGAGUCUUACAUAGCGAGAGUUCGGGACCGGAAUGAAGGGCGAUGGAUAUGCGGACUGUGUGCAGAGGCUGUGAAGGAUGAAAUGGUGAGAUCCAGAAGGAUUGGAAGAGAUGAAGCUUUGAAUCGACACAUGACAUUUUGCAAGAAAUUCAGAGCAAAGAGUUUGCCUCCCAAUCCGACAGGUGAAUUGAUAUCAGCAGUGAAGCAGUUGCUGCUCAAGACCUUGGAUUCGCCUACAUCAAAUACGGUGAGUAGACGAGCUUUGGUACGAUCGCAGAGUUGCUUUGAAUAA